GGAGAUAAAUACGGAAAGAAGAUUAUGAAGAUACUCUUACCUUUUUUUCUGAGUUAGAUAUUGACUGUUGCAGGAAGAGAUAGAGUUGUGCUGAAAUCACUCAACCAACUUUAAUAGUAAUCAAGCUGGAUUUAGCGUGAUUCGAUCCAUUUACCAAAUAUAGCGAGAGAGAGAGAUUUAUGGAGAACUAGUAUUUUUGUAUAUGAGUAUGACGAGAAGAUAUUCGGCUACUCAAUACUCAAACCCAAUGAGCCUCCAAAGUUUAUCAUCUCUUAUUCUCCUCGUCACUCUCUUUUCCUCUCCUGCUUUUGCUCUUAAAAAGUCCUACAUAGUGUACUUGGGAUCUCAUGCCCAUCCUUCUCAAAUCUCUUCUGCCCAUCUCGAUGGUGUUGCUCACUCACAUCGCACUUUCCUCGCCUCUUUCGUUGGAAGCCAUGAAAAUGCACAAGAAGCCAUCUUUUACUCAUACAAGAGACAUAUCAAUGGCUUCGCCGCAGUUCUUGACGAAAAUGAAGCUGCUGAAAUCGCCAAGCAUCCUGAUGUUGUCUCUGUAAUCCCAAACAAAGGAAGAAAACUUCAUACCACUCAUUCAUGGAAUUUCAUGCUCCUGGAGAAAAAUGGUGUUGUUCACAAGUCCUCUCUAUGGAAUAAAGCAGGAUAUGGAGAGGACACAAUCAUCGCUAACUUGGACACAGGUGUGUGGCCUGAGUCAAAAAGCUUCAGCGAUGAAGGGUAUGGAGCUGUUCCAGCUAGGUGGAAAGGUAGAUGCCACAAGGAUGUUCCUUGCAACAGGAAGCUCAUUGGUGCUAGAUACUUCAACAAAGGUUACUUAGCCUACACAGGUCUUCCCUCUAACGCCUCCUUGGAAACCUGUCGUGACCACGAUGGUCACGGUAGCCACACUCUUUCCACCGCGGCCGGUAACUUUGUUCCCGGAGCCAAUGUGUUUGGCAUCGGGAAUGGGACAGCCAGCGGCGGCUCUCCUAAAGCUAGAGUUGCGGCUUACAAGGUGUGCUGGCCGCCUGUGAAUGGCGCAGAGUGCUUUGAUGCUGAUAUUUUGGCAGCUAUUGAUGCUGCCAUCGACGACGGUGUGGAUGUUCUCUCGGCUUCAGUGGGUGGAGACGCCGGGGAUUACAUGAGCGAUGGCAUUGCCAUUGGAUCAUUCCACGCCGUCAAAAACGGGGUGACGGUUGUGUGCUCAGCUGGAAAUUCAGGUCCUAAGGCUGGAACUGUCUCAAACGUAGCACCAUGGAUUAUUACAGUCGGAGCUAGCUCCAUGGACCGAGAGUUUCAAGCCUUUGUUGAGCUGAACAACGGCCAAAGCUUCAAGGGAACAAGCCUCUCGAAGCCUUUGCCCGAAGAUAAGAUGUAUAGCCUCAUCAGUGCUGAAGAAGCUAAAGUUUCCAAUGGAAAUGCGACUGAUGCAUUGCUAUGCAAGAAAGGUAGCCUAGACCCGGAGAAGGUGAAGGGGAAGAUCGUGGUGUGUCUCAGAGGAGACAACGCACGUGUGGACAAAGGACAGCAAGCACUCGCUGCUGGAGCUGCGGGAAUGAUUCUAUGCAACGACAAGGCGAGUGGAAACGAAAUCAUCUCAGACGCUCAUGUUCUUCCUGCUUCUCAAAUCGACUACAAAGAAGGUGAAGUUUUGUUUUCGUACCUAAGUUCCACAAAAGAUCCCAAAGGUUACAUCAAAGCACCAACCGCUACGCUGAACACAAAGCCUGCUCCUUUCAUGGCCUCUUUCUCUUCCAGAGGACCUAACUCCAUCACACCGGGCAUCCUCAAACCUGACAUCACUGCACCCGGUGUCAACAUCAUAGCCGCCUUCACCGAAGCCACAAGCCCUACGGACUUAGACUCUGACCAUCGAAGAACUCCUUUCAACACCGAAUCAGGAACUUCCAUGUCAUGCCCUCACAUCUCAGGUGUCGUUGGUCUCUUGAAGACUCUUCACCCCCAAUGGAGUCCUGCCGCUAUCCGCUCAGCCAUCAUGACCACUUCAAGAACCAGAGACAACAGACGUAAGCCAAUGGUUGAUGAAUCAUUCAAGAAAGCAAAUCCCUUCAGCUACGGCUCAGGUCAUGUCCAACCCAAUAAAGCCGCCCAUCCUGGUCUUGUCUAUGAUCUCACAAUAGGAGACUACUUGGACUUCCUCUGCGCCGUUGGCUACAACAACACCGUAGUUCAACUCUUUGCCGAGGACCCACAGUACAUGUGCCGCCAAGGAGCCAAUCUUCUCGACUUCAACUACCCUUCAAUCACUGUCCCAAACCUCACGGACUCUAUCACCGUCACUCGCAAACUCACAAACGUUGGACCGCCAGCUACCUACAACGCUCACUUCCGAGAGCCACUUGGAGUUAGCGUCUCCGUGGAGCCAAAACAGCUCACGUUCAACAAAACUGGUGAAGUGAAGAUAUUUCAGAUGACUCUUCGUCCCAAGUCAGCGAAGCCUUCUGGCUACGUCUUCGGAGAGUUGACGUGGACUGAUUCACAUCAUUACGUUAGGAGUCCCAUCGUCGUCGAACUUUAAUUUCAAGCUAGCCUCAUUCAUCAUUCUACUUCAUCUUUUUCACGUUUCUUCUAUCAAUCAUUUUAUAUGUUUGGAUAUUUAUUUUAGUGU